UCCUGUCAGCAGAGCGCACUGUGCGCACCAGCGGGACGCGCAGUCAGUGAACAUCCUGCAAACACAGCGCGGCCACGGACAAGGGUUUCAAUCUUGACACAACCUGAACAUCAUUCACCCUAUGGACUUUAGGAAAGACACGAACUCACAAAUGUUGCUGUCUUUUUUACUCCCCUUCUGUGUUUGAAGUUGCCAGACACUUUUGUUGGGACAUGGCUUCAUCCGUGAGCGGCACAGAGGAGGUGCGGGUGUCGGGGUUGAGGCCACUGAAGUUUGUGGGACUGGUGUGCGUCUUCCUCGCGCUUUGCCUGGAUGUCGGGGCCAUCGUGAGCCCGGCGUGGGUCACGGCGGAGGACCAGUACUACCUGUCCAUGUGGGAGUCCUGCUGGAAGCCCGUCAGCUCCGUGGACUGGUCCUGCAGCAGCGCGCUGGCCGCCGACUGGCAGAUCGCAACGUUGGCCCUGCUGCUCGGAGGAGCAGCCCUCACCCUGCUGUCCUUCCUCGUGGCUCUGGUCUCCCUGUGCUUCGGUUCCAGGAGUCGCUGCUACAAACCCGUGGCCGUCAUGCUGUUCUCCGCAGUGGUUCUGCAGGUUUGCAGCUUGGUCUUGUUCCCAAUCAAGUUCAUAGAAACAGUCAGUCUGAGGGUUUACCACGAGUUCAACUGGGGCUACGGCCUGGCCUGGGGAUCCACCAUCUUCUCUUUCGGAGGCGCCAUCCUGUACUGCCUGAACCCCAAGAACUAUGAAGAUUACUAUUGAAAAUGUCACAAAGGAGAGAAAACCCCCAGUGUUUCCAUGCUGUUGUUUAAUAAACGUUCUCUGUCCCAAAGUGCACAACCACAGACUGGAAAACAGGAAAAUACAAAACGCUUGUUGACGGUGUUUGGACUAAACUCUUCCGUUUGAUGCUGUGAACUCCCAAACUGGACAGAUGCCCAUGAGUUUCAUUAAUAGGCUAAACCACAAAUCCUAAGCAGAAAUUCAAACCCAGCCAGAAGACAUUUUGAGAGAUAAUGUCACUCAUCAGAUAAUUCUGUGCAGCUCAUGUUGGUCGUAGAUUUGAGCAGAAUAUAUGGAACAGUGGAAUAAUAAAGUAGUGAGGGCAGAGAAAAGUCUGCGGUGAUUUCAGGCCAGCGUAGGGAGGAAGACGUCCUGCUCGAGUUAUAUCCUGGUGAUGACAAAGCGAGGAAGACAGGGUAACAUUUUACAUUUCCCCAGAGAUGCGCCGAGCUGGACCUUAAACAACCUUUAUUUCCCUUUCUACAUAAAUAAAAGGGAUCAUGGAGCAUUAUUUUAUCUUCUUCGCUUAAAACUCGCAAUAAAUAAGGGCUAUUUUAACAGAGAAAACAUUCCACAGACACCCAUUGAUUAUAUGAUUCUAGUCAGAGAAACAUCUGCUGGGUUAUCACUAACAUAAUCAAGCACCAGUUGCAGUGUCAAUUUUCCAAUACAAUAGUGGUCACAUUAUUUUUAAAUAUAUCUUUUGUGCUAUAUGUAAUAUAAUGAAAAAGUAUGCAAUCCUAGAAGAAGAACGGGAAUUAAAAUGGUUAAUUGCCAUGCUUGCUGAGUGAAUAGAUGUCUGAAUCAGGGGUGUCCAAACAGCGGCUCCUGGGCAAUUUAUGACCUCUGACAACAAUUCAAGAAUGGAUAAAUUUGGUCCAGUGGUUCAGACGCUAGAUGCAGAAGUUACACUUUGUAAAAAAGAAGAAGAAAAACAAGAUUUUCUUUGUUUGUUAUUAAAAUGUACAAUGUUUAGGAGCAACACGAAGUAUUUGGCUUUUGCUAAUCAAGUAUUUGGCUUUAGUGUUAUUUGGCUUUAGAAAAUGCUGCCACAAACAUCCUGCAAUCAUUUCUUAAGAGCAACACCAGUGGUCUAAACUUGACUAAACGCAGAAAAUAUUUACAGUAGUGAUGCUUAUCCUUUUCUUAUUUCUAAAAAGGUUUUAGACCAAGUCUGUAUAAGUCAACCAACCAACAAAAUUUAGGAUGUCGUUGGUCUUUAAAUAAGGCAAAGGUAUGAGGUCCAGUUUAUAUUUCAGUUUUACAACAAAUUACAUAUCUGGAGUAAAAUAAUUGCUUUUGUUUUAAAAGCAAUUAAAACUUUCUCAUGAGACUCUGAAGUCUCUUCAGUCAGAGCAUUUUCUAGAGCCACUUUGACACAGACUGCUACAGGAGACUCUUCUUCCUGCAUACAACUGUGAUAAAAAUUAAAUAAGUUACAUUUACAUUUCCUGAAAUUAAUGAAGCAUAACCAGAUACCCAGAUUUUGUUCCUAAAAUCUAAAAUCCAACAUCCUUUUUAUGGUUCAGUCUUUGAAUAAAUUACAAAAAUCUUAAAACACACAAAAAAUAUUUCUUAGAACUUUGAAGAAAGUUUUGACCUGAAGAUGCUUUCAACUUUGAUUUUUGCCCCUGUGGGAGAACCUUUGCACAGUCUGGAUGAUCAUGCUCUUCAGCAUGUGCUCACACUGCUCCCCAUGUGAUGCCUGUUUAUCGUCCCACUCUGCUGAAAUGCAACAACAAAAAUGGGUAACAAGGAGAAAAGUCACUGUAGUUGAGGAAAGUAUUAUAUUUAAGUCUGAUAUUAAAGUGGGAGUUAAUAAUAAUUGUAUAUAAAGUAACAGAGUUUAACAUGCAGCAGGUUUGAUGUGAGGCUGAAUGCAAUGAUCAACCUCAUGGUGCUUCAUCUUCACAAAGUGAGAGCAUGUGCAUGCCACUACUGUUUGCUGCAAUGUUUCUGACCAUCAACAUAAUAAAUGCAUACUGGAGGAAAAAUAAAAGUUUGGUUCAGGAUUCAAAAGAAA